AUCUACAUGAUGCAAAAGCAACUUGUGCUACUUUUCCUGACACUGAGCAGCUUGGCUGUCGUUUUGGCGCGGCCGGAGCCGCCCAAGCCACGUUAUGGGGCUCCACCAGCGCUUCAGAAAGAGUACGGACCACCACCUGCACCACCACAGCCGCUACCUAUUUAUGGUCCACCAGCGCCAUUUUACGGACCACCAGCGGCUCCAACCGCUGAAGCUAUUGUGACAAAAAAUGUCUAUGUGCAUGUGCCGCCAGAAGAGCCAGAGCUGUACCCGGCUGCAUCGCCCAUACAAACAGCCGUGCCCAAGAAGCACUACAAAAUCAUAUUCAUCAAGGCACCGAACCCACCUACGCCGGUGCGUCAAGUGCUUCCCCCACCCGUGCAGGACGAGCACAAGACUUUGGUCUACGUGCUGGUGAAGAAGCCGGAGGAGCAGCAACCAAUCAUUUUGCCAUCGCCAGCGCCUACGGAGCCUAGCAAGCCGGAGGUCUACUUCAUCAAGUACAAGCAGCAACAGAAACCAGCGACCCAAUACGGGCCGCCCCCAGCACCCGCCGAGGAAUACGGGGCACCACCAGCACCGCGUACCAUCGAACAGUUUUAGUGAUAAGGCAUGUGUAAAAAUGUGCCAUGCUCUAUGUAAAUAUAAUUUAUAGUGCAAUAUAAAAUAUAAAGUUUUCGGCAUUAACAAAAUCCCAAA